AUGUCUUGUUUAUCACAAUUGUGGACACAUUCCGCUCUUCUCCGAUUUGUCCACAACACCAGCGAAACCUGCAAUACUAACCGAUCAGACUAUAAAAUUGUUGUUCUAGGGGCCGGAGGUGUCGGUAAAUCUUCUGUCACAGUGCAGUUCGUGCAGGGUGUCUACGUCGAAAGUUAUGAUCCAACAAUCGAAGAUUCAUACAGAAAACAAAUCGAGGUAGAUGGCAGAGCAUGUGACCUAGAGAUCUUGGACACUGCGGGUGUGGCUCAGUUCACUGCCAUGAGAGAGCUCUACAUCAAGUCGGGAAAGGGCUUUUUGCUUGUGUACUCCGUGACAGAUGCUAACUCCUUGAAGGAACUUUUGGCGUUGAGAGAGCAAGUUUUGCGUAUCAAAGAUUCCGAAAAUGUGCCUAUGGUACUCAUCGGUAACAAAUGUGAUUUGGAGGAUGAUCGUGUGGUCUCUAUCGAUGAUGGUAUCGCUGUGUCACAUGAAUGGGGCCUCGUUCCCUUCUACGAGACAUCGGCCAUGUACAAAACCAACGUGGACGAGGCGUUCGUGGAUGUUGUCAGACAAAUCAUGCGCAAGGAGGCGCAGACAAGCUUGGAGAAGAAGCAACUCAAAGAGAUGCAGAAGCAGCAGGCUGCAGAGACCAAGCCCUCGACCGCCGCCGAGGUGCCUGUGGCAUCCGACACCGCGCAAGCACGCAACAGACAACAGGAGCCGCUCAAUGGAAAAGAUACCAAGUCCGGCUCCAAAUGUUGCGUGAUCGUGUAA